ACCCUCUGUUGCAUGAUAUACUACAGUACCCAUAAUGCUCUGUAUUCUGUAUCCAGUUUGAUCUAACUAAACAUGUUCCUAAAGCUAACACUAUGGUGUCCCGCCUCCUUAUUAUUUCAAUACAGUCUAUCCCCCCCCUUCUUCUUCUUCAUGAUAUACUACAGUACCCAUAAUGCUCUGUAUUCUGUAUCCGGUUUGAUCUAACUAAACAUGUUCCUAAAGCUAACACUAUGGUGUCCCGCCUCCUUAUUAUUUCAAUACAGCCUAUUCCCCCCCCCCCUUCUUCUUCUUCUUCUUCUCUCACCUCCCUCCAUCCAGAUAUGAUCCUCUCCCUAGCUGCAGCUAUGAGCAGCGGCGGCAUCCCCCAGAACACUACUUCCUCCUCGCCCUUUGACCCCUCGCCCCUGGACCCCUGGCUUGACCCCUACCCUGACCCCUACCCUGACCUCCCCGGGGUUAACGCCUCCUCCUCCGACGUCCCCGGCCGCACCUAUACCUCCGACCUUGACUUACGACCUCUGACCUCACAACAGGAUGUUAGCCCAUGGGAUGUGGCGUUAUGUGUCACGGGUACACUCAUCGCCUGCGAGAACGCUCUGGUCAUCGCCGUCCUCUUCUACACGCCGACCCUCAGAGCGCCGAUGUUCAUCCUGAUUGGCUCGCUGGCAUUCGCCGACCUCCUGGCGGGUCUCGGUCUCAUCCUGAACUUCGUGUUCACCUAUCUUGUCGAGGGAGAGGUCGUGACCUUGGUUGCCACAGGGAUACUCAUUGCGGCAUUCUCGGCAUCCAUCUUGAAUAUCUUGGCGAUCACAGUGGACAGGUACCUGUCGCUGUACAACGCGCUGACCUACCACACGGAGCGGACUGUCCUCUUCACAUACCUGGUGGUAGGGGUCAUCUGGUUGGUGUGUCUGGUUCUCGGCGUCCUCCCCGCGCUCGGGUGGAACUGCCUAGACGACCAAUCAACGUGCUCAGUCUGUCGACCCGUCACCAAAUCCAACGCCGUCGCCCUCGCUGUCUUCUUCCUACUGGUUUUCGCGUUGAUGAUGCAACUCUACCUGCAGAUCUGUCGGAUCGCGUUCCGUCACGCUCAGCAAAUCGCCGUCCAGCAUCAGUUCCUCGCCAUGUCCACGACCAAAGGAGUCCAGACGCUCUCCGUGAUUCUCGGCGCCUUCGCCACGUGUUGGCUGCCGUUUGCUAUGUAUUCUAUAGUGGCGGAUUCAAGCUAUCCUAUCAUAUACACAUACUCUACGGUGCUGCUGGCGGCGUGUAAUUCAGUCAUAAAUCCUGUUAUAUAUGCGUUCAGGAACCCGGAUAUACAGAAGGGGCUCUGGUUGGCGUGUUGUGGGUGUGUCCCGUCAAAUCUGAGCCUGAGACCUCGAGCCAGGACAUCCAGUGAUGUAUAGGGAAGCAUUGUUCAUGGCUACGACCGCUCCAACCUCUCCCUCCGGCCCUGGACCUGGCAAUGUCUAGGGAGGGGGUGUAGCGACGUAUAUAGAAGGGGUGCAGGAUGAUGCCGGUAUUGGAGGAGGUGUGGGUGUAUGCCUUCCAACCUAGCUCUGUGACCCAGGGCCUCCAGCAAACUUGGACAUCCAGAAGAGAAUGUGGUGGUGAGAUCAAGGGACAUGGGGAUGACCACCCCCCUAGGAUCGCCAGUGAGGGGGUAAGCUUUAGGGAGAGGACUCAGUGAGGUCAAAGGGGACCCUAAGGCAAGAGGGAGGGUGUGGGGUGGUGACCUGGCAAUGUAACCCCCUUCCCAUCCUUCUCCAGGGUCUAGAUCAGAGUUGCAGGGGCGGAUGCGGCUCUCCUUCAUCAAAGGAUGAUGGGCCAUGGACUGGACUGAGAAAGUCUGGGAUGGUUUGCCCUGGGCCUAGGCUAUACUGUAACCCAAUGGAUAGAGUUGGUGGUUCCGAACUGUGUGGGGCUCAGGUUGAACGCUUUACAAUGCCACCUCAGUGGGGGAUCAUAGGCCUCUAAAAGGCUACUCGUUCAGAGGGUGAGCACGAGUAGUACAGCCUAAGGAGUGGCCUCGAUGGAAGAUGAGCUGGAACUUACUGAUGAGCUAACUUGCUAAUGAUGAGCUAACUUGCUUAUGAUGAGCUAACUUGCUAAUGAUGAGCUAACUUGCUUAUGAUGAGCUAACUUGCUAAUGAUGAGCUAACUUGCUUAUGAUGAGCUAACUUGCUAAUGAUGAGCUAACUUGCUUAUGAUGAGCUAACUUGCUAAUGAUGAGCUAACUUGCUUAUGAUGAGCUAACUUGCUAAUGAUGAGCUAACUUGCUAAUGAUGAGCUAACUUGCUAAUGAUGAGCUAACUUGCUUAUGAUGAGCUAACUUGCUAAUGAUGAGCUAACUUGCUUAUGAUGAGCUAACUUGCUUACUGAUGAGCUAACUUGCUAAUGAUGAGCUAACUUGCUAAUGAUGAGCUAACUUGCUUACUGAUGAGCUAACUUGCUUACUGAUGAGCUAACUUGCUUACUGAUGAGCUAACUUGCUUGUGAUGAGCUAACUUGCUAAUGUUGAGCUAACUUGCUUACUGAUGAGCUAACUUGCUAAUGAUGAGCUAACUUGCUAAUGAUGAGCUAACUUGCUAAUGAUGACCUAACUUGCUUAUGAUGAGCUAACUUGCUUAUGAUGAGCUAACUUGCUAAUGAUGAGCUAACUUGCUAAUGAUGAGCUAACUUGCUUGUGAUGAGCUAACAUGCUUAUGAUGAGCUAACUUGCUUAUGAUGAGCUAACUUGCUUAUGAUGAGCUAACUUGCUUAUGAUGAGCUAACAUGCUUAUGAUGAGCUAACAUGCUUAUGAUGAGCUAACUUGCUUAUGAUGAGCUAACUAGCCAACAAUGUUGAUGUGUUUUAGGUGGGAAUGCUACGACCUUGAGGUUUUCAUUCAAAACAUUAGAAACUAUCAUGCCACAAUGAUCUUGUUGCUGAUGAUGACUAAAGCUCUUGGAUAAAACACAAGCGUAUAACGCAUAACAGACAGACACGCAAAGCCAAUAUGAAGUCUGAUUCAUUGUUACCCUUGGAGAAGAAACAUACAAUAUUUUGAAAAGCCCACAAGCCCCAAAAGGUUUCCCUGUUAUCACCAAUGCCAUAAACCUCCCAAUUUUGUAUAUAUUUUUUUAUACAGCUGCUAAGCAAUGUAUGUUGCCGGCCUACAGUCAUGAGGUAUAGAAAUGCAAUUACAGUCAAGUCAUCGUUCUAGUAAUUCUAGAAACACACCGGGCAGCUAAAACCGUUUCAGCACCACGGACAGCGAAACAUAACGUCAAGACAUUGCCAAUGUGCAUCAAAAGCUCAUUUCAGCACCAGCGAGCUGAUGCUUGUAGGCCCUACUUGAUUCUGCUCUAUGGUCAGUUUUUGCAUUCUCCCCCUUACUGGUUAAUUUAACCAAUUUGGGAAGUGAAAUCUGAUUCUCGAUCUGUGACUAAGGUCAAGGGAAAUUCUAUCCGGAGCCAGCUAACCAGACAGUCGUUUUAACACUUCUCACUGGUUGUACGGUUGAAUAAUUCAUUGGAAAACAGGCCUGGUGUGGAGAGAAGGAGAAAACACAGCCCUGUGAGUUUAUCUUUCCAGACAGAGCGAGAGGUGACAAAACGUGUGUCACAGCCGGGGCUCAUGUUCGCAGGGCCUUUGGCGGAGUUUCAAUCACUUUGUGGGGUGGUGGGUUCUAACCAUUCUAGUUCUAACUAAUGGUUCUAAAUGACGCGGUGUGUUCUAACCAUUCUAGUUCUAACUAAUGGUUCUAAAUGACGUGGCGGGUUCUAACCAUUCUAGUUCUAACUAAUAUUUCUAAAUUAUGUGGUGGGUUCUAACCAUUCUAGUUCUAACUAAUGGUUCUAAAUGCCGUGGUGGGUUCUAACCAUUCUAGUUCUAACUAAUGGUUCUAAAUGAUGAGGUGGGUUCUAACCAUUCUAGUUCUAACUAAUGGUUCUAAAUGACUCGGUGGGUUCUAACCAUUCUAGUUCUAACUAAUGGUUCUAAAUGACGCGGUGUGUUCUAACCAUUCUAGUUCUAACUAAUGGUUCUAAAUGACGUGGUGGGUUCUAACCAUUCUAGUUCUAACUAAUGGUUCUAAAUGCCGUGGUGGGUUCUAACCAUUCUAGUUCUAACUAAUGGUUCUAAAUGAUGAGGUGGGUUCUAACCAUUCUAGUUCUAACUAAUGGUUCUAAAUGACUCGGUGGGUUCUAACCCUUCUAGUUCUAACUAAUGGUUCUAAAUGACUCGGUGGGUUCUAACCAAGUGACAGCAGAGGGAGUCUGUCAUAUCUGACUAGUAUCCUUUUAGAAUGAUCAUAGGUUGAAAGUAUUGUGUGACAGGCAAUCACAACAAUUAAUAGGUCUAUACAUCGCAAUUCGAUAUCAUUUGAUAACAUUAACGGGACUUGAAAUAAAAUGUCAACUGUGCCUAUUGAUUAUGUACACAUGGGUUUACAAGUAUUGAUUUAGGGAGACAAGUUAAAUGAUAACGAUUGAUCAACCCACGUCUGAAAACCGACAAUGUAAACAGCAUAUUGAUCCAAAUCCAGAACAUGGAUCCAAAUCCAAUAGGGUUCUAUUGAUUAUGUACACAUGGGUUUACAAGUAUUGAUUUAGGGAGACAAGUUAAAUGAUAACGAUUGAUCAACCCACGUCUGAAAACUGACAAUGUAAACAGCAUAUUGACUACUCUUCAUGUCAGGUGAAGUGAACAUGGAUCCAAAUCCAAUAGGGUUGUAUUGAUAAGCUGCCGAUGCAUGGACAAUAGGCAACAGCAGCACAGCAGAACAGAAUGCAGGACCAGACUGGGACCAGAAAUCAGCCCUGGCAUUUCUAACAAACCUGUCCAUUUAUUUACUUGAACAAUAUUAGCCAGAUAAUGAUCAUUUUGCUAUUAAAAACCGAAGUUAGACAGUCCCACGGGCUAAAAAUGGACCAGUCUGCCCCUGAUGGAAUGUAAACACAAAACCACACUCUAUGGGGUUUUAUCUAAAUGAUUAUAUUGGCCGAUAUACCCCUCAUUUCCCCUCUCUCUCAAUGCUGCCUGUCUCAACACACGCUCCACACCACACGCCCCCUCUCUGUAUCUCUGGACGUCUGCAAGAGAGGAGCCGACGCGUCUUAGCCUCAGCCGGAUCAACGGUGCGGUGGAUUAAUGAGGUUUUACAAGGUGAGCCGAGCAGCGGUGGCAUGAAAUGAGGCACCAGGCGCAGCAGGGUAAAACAACCCACGGUUUCAUUCUCCCACACACACACACACACACACACUCACACGCACACACGCACG